CGAGGAUAUGAAUCACACCGCCCACAGCCUCCGGUAUAAAUAGAGAGGCAGGAGCCUUCCAGCUGCAGGAGGAAGAGCGCGCGUACAUCCACAGCUGGUGUUUUUCUACAAAGGCUGGGCUCUGAGAGUGACCAAAGAUGAGGGUGUGUUGGUCAUUUCUGGGCCUUUCUCUCCUCUACAUCUCUGCUGAGUGUCUGCUUCCCCCCUCCAAAGAGGAUCUCCAGCAGAUCUCCCAGACUGGGGAGAAGUACCUGGAUAAGGAGAUUGAAAAUGCCAUUAAUGGAGUGAAGGAGAUGAAGACAGUGAUGGAGAAAUCUGAGCAAGAUCACAAGAAGUUCCUCUCUUCCCUGGAGAAAACCAAGAAACAGAAAGAGGAUGCCCUGAAGGCCGCGCAGGAUAUGGAGGAGAAACUGGCUGAAGAACAGCGAGUGUGUAAUGACUCUAUGCAGGCGCUGUGGGAGGAGUGCAAGCCGUGUCUGAAGAACACCUGCAUUAAAUACUACUCCCGCACCUGCAGCAGCGGCUCCGGCUUGGUGGGCAGGCAGCUGGAAGAGGUUCUGAACCGAACAUCUCCCUUCUCCAUCUGGAUCAACGGUCAGAACAUUGAGACUCUGGAGAAGGAGGACCAGCAGCAGAGCCAACACUUCCAGGACCUGGAGAAGCACUACAGUGAAGUGGCUGAUGGAGUGGACAGCAUCUUCAUGGACAGUAUGAGGGUGUUUGAUCACAUGCACUCGUUCCAGCCCUUGCACCAGCCCAACCCCUUCAUCGGCCUCUACCACAUGCCUAGCAUCUUCAGCCGGCCGGCACGCGUCUACAGGUCCCCUCUCUAUGACGCCGAGUUCCACGGCUUCCACAGCAUGUUCUAUCCCAUGAUGCAGAAGGCUCGCGAUAUCUUUGAAUCAUUCAAACCCUACAUGGGCAGUGACAUGGACUUCUCCACUGAAGAUGGCAGUGUGAACGAAGAUGUCGUCAUCACUAAGCCAUUUGGGAAUGAUAAAAUGACCUGCAGGGAGAUUCGCCGUAACUCUGCAGGCUGCAUCAAACUGCGAGAGGAAUGUGAAAAAUGCAAGGAGAUCCAGCACAUUGAUUGUUCUGGAAAGAAGCCUCUGGAAGGCCCCCUGAAGGAGGAGUUGGAGAAGGCCCUGGCCAUGGCUGAAAGAUUCACUCAGGAGUAUAACAGAAUCCUUAAGCACUUUGAGGAGGAGAUGUUCAACACUUCGAAGCUGCUGGACAUGUUCAACAAGCAGUUCGGCUGGGUGUCCUCACUGGCCAACCGCACCCAGACUGACGAUGGAAUCUUUAAAAUCCACGCGGUCAUAUCUAAGACCAUAGAGGACCCUGAGAAGCAAGCAGACACCAAAGUGUCAGUCAAACUGUUUGAUGAGCCAGAAAUGACCUUCACAGUGCCAGGAGACAUCCCCUGGAACGACCCCAAAUUCUCCGAAGUCGUGGCACAGGAGGCUCUGGACCGCUACAAACAGAACACUGUGGUUGUAAAGUAAAUGUAAUGAUCCCAGGUGGAACUUCAUGUCGGGGAAUUGCCAGAACAACUUCACAAGUCACUACCAGUCACCGAAAGAAAUGUAAUAAGCUUUUUCUGCAUUAAUAUCUCACAACAUACUGAAAGCUGUUCUACUUACCCAGCUGGAUAUCCUCUCCCUGCUGUAUGAUCCUCAACUAGGCAUCAAGAGAGAUCCUCAGGAGUUUGUAUGAAAACAAAAGUGCUUCUGAUGAUCUAGAAAUAAUCAGCUGUAUAUUGAAAAAUGUUAAUAAAAUGAGUAAUGGAGUCAAA